AUGGUGCACUUCAGCGCGCAGUUUCACGAGUCGGUCGAUGAGGCGGGGCUGCGGGAGAAGAUCGACGACAACCCGUACGAGGACGUGUGGGCGCUGUACGACGAGAUGGAGGAGGAGGAGGCCGGCAGCGUCGCCGCCACGGCGCUGGUGAAGCGCUUCGACGGCACCGACUGGGACCUCGCCAUGGAGGCGUACCGCGACGUGCUGGAGGAGACAUUCCGCGAGGACACGGCUGAUGUGCUGCAGAUGCGUGCGGAGCACGUGACGGUGGACAGUAUGGCGGUGGGCAGCCUCAUAGUGCACUUCCGCGUCAGCUCCGUGGACACGCCGGUGGAGACAAUCACAUCGCUCGUGGACAACUACGCGUACCCGAAGGUGUGGGCGCUCUACCUCUCGCGCGAAAGCGAAAGCCGCCGCACCUCGGUGCAGCUCUCCAACACGCGCGCAUCGCGCAAGGUUGAGCCGUUGGUGGUCGAGGAGGGUCUUGAGUCCGAGGAUUCGGUGACGUACCUUCGCAAGGCCCUCGCCGACGCCCGCCGCGACCGGGACAUGUACAUGGAGCAGGCGGAGAAGGCGGAGGAGGAGGUGCAGCGGUCGAGCCAGCGGGCGAGUCAGUACCGCAAGUAA